AUGAAUACUUUCCGUUUUAUGAGACCGGCAGUCGCCAAGGUGCCCUUCCAGCGGUCCACUCUGCCUCGAAUUGCACGGGCUUAUAGCUCCAAGACUUAUGAGUAUAUCCAGACUUCUACUCCGGCGCCGGGCGUUGGACAAGUUACUUUGAACCGACCUAAGGCACUCAAUGCGUUGUGCACGCCGCUUAUCAACGAGCUCAACGACGCUCUGGUGGAUUUCAAUGCCUCUGAUGAAACCUCCGUCAUCAUCCUCACCGGCUCACAAAAGGCCUUCGCCGCCGGAGCGGAUAUUAAGGAGAUGGCUCCUCUGACCUUUUCAGAGGCUUACACCAAGGCGUUCAUUGAGUCGUGGUCUCUUCUCACCACCCAGGUCAAGAAGCCCAUCAUUGCCGCUGUCUCUGGCCAUGCGCUCGGUGGUGGCUGCGAGCUCGCCAUGAUGUGCGAUCUCAUCUACUGCACAGAGAAUGCCAACUUUGGCCAGCCCGAAGUCAAGCUGGGAACCAUCCCCGGCGGCGGCGGCAGCCAGCGCCUCACCCGCGCCAUUGGCAAGUCCAAGGCCAUGGAGCUCAUCCUCACGGGCAAGUCGUUUAGCGGCGUGGAGGCUGAGAAAUGGGGCCUCGCGGCGAGAACUUUCCCCACGUACGAGGCGUUGAUGGAGGAGACGCUGAAGCUGGCCGAGAGCAUUGCCGGAUACUCAAAGGUGGCUGUCCAGGCUUGCAAGGAGGUGGUCAACAAGAGCCAGGACCUUGCUCUACGGGACGGAGUGGAGUUUGAGAGGCGCGUUUUCCAUGCUUUGUUUGGUAGCCAGGAUCAGAAGAUUGGCAUGAAGGCCUUUGCGGAGAAGAAGAAGGCUGAGUGGACUCACUCGUAG